AUGGACGGUGGUGCCCGGAGGAACAUAUUCUCUAAUCAUUCAAAAGAUAAAGAUGAAGAUCUUAGUUUGUUCCGAGAGAUGCAUAAACAUCGAGUCCUUAGCCUUCUUCACCCUGUUUUCGAUGACUUUGAAUCCAACGGAAACUAUCCACUUUACGCCAUCCCAUCAUCAAAGAAAGGACCAGGGAUAACAUUCCUUGGAGAGACCCACAAAAAUGAUUAUGACUGGUUGAAGACACCACCCGCCACCCCUCUAUUUCCAUCCCUCGAGAUGGAAACCAUAAAUAAUCACGAGCUUGUUAUUCAACGCGAAUUGCCCAUCAUCCACCCCUCUAUUUCACGGUUUGCAGCAAAACCAGAAGAGAUGGAACCAAAGCAUAGAAGCAUUGGUGCCGAUGCAGGAAGGUCUAAAACAACAAAUCCCAAACCAAAGAUUCCAGCAAGAUCAGUAACACCUAACGGGAGGUCAAGCAGCUUGUUCACUGAUCAGAAGAAGAACAUAAAAACAGCUCCGAUCCCAUUGAUCAGCACCGUCAACAAGACUGGUGUGAUCGAACUCGCCCACAAGUCGAAUACGACCCCAUCUAUAUCAAAACCAUUGAGUGAAAGAGAUGGUCGUUUCAAUUUCCUGGGUACAAAUCAAUCGAAAAGCAUUCAGGGAAUGAAUUCGUCGUCAAGAACCACACAAAAAAGUAGAGGGGUUUCACCUCUGGUAACAUCCAGGACGCCAACCCAAUUUCCUGGUUUUUCAGAUGAAACACCACCUAAUCUAAAGACAGAUCGAUCCACUUCAGCUUCAAGAGGACGACCUAUUAACCAAAAAAGUAGUCAAAACACCAUAGUUGCACCUCCUCAGAAACCUGAAAUUUCCAGUAUGAGAGCAAGAAGGCAGUCGUGUUCACCGAGAGGUCGAAAAAUGGCACCUACGACGGAAGAAAACAUGACCACCAUGGCUGCUCAAAAGGGUGGUAGUAGAAUGUUUCAAACAGGAAUUGGUGGCCAGAUUCUUGGAAGCAGGAUGGUGGACAAGAUUAUAAACGCCAGAAAAUCAAGCAUUGAGGAGAAAGAAACAAAGCUGAAACUCAAGGGUUCGAUCAAUGAAGGAUCUGGUUAURGAAGGAUCAUGUCGAAGAGCUCAUUAGAUAYGGUAUAGAUUUUYCUUUCGUUCAUUCAUCAUAUACUUCAAUUCAUGAAAGAGAUAUAGUUGGAUAGGGUUUGACACACUGAUGCUUUAUGACUCGCAGGAAACUA